AAGAAGACACAGAAACCAAGGAAGACAAUCAGAAUCUCUCAUGGAGCUCUGCCAGAUCAUGGAGGUUAUCAAUGAGUUUAUAUGGACUUACUGACAUUUACCACCUUUAUACAGUCUGAUAAAACUUUCAGCUUUGAUGGCUCCUGUGUUCAGUGUGGCUUAAGAAUAAACUGUGAAGUUCCAACACUCAAAUGAUGAGAACAACUGAUGGGAAUGAACCUUAAAUCACUGGAAAACCCCUUGCAGACCUUAGAUUGCCACUCCCUUUGUUAAUGAUACUGUUAUUUUCUUUGACUGAAGCAUUUUUUGCAGCCUUCAAUGUAUUGAGGGAAAAACCAGAAUGUGCACCACAAAGGUGAAUCAGAGUCACUACAGGAGGACUAACUUACUGUAACAUCUGACAUUCUUAUGGGUCCUGAGCCCAUCCCUUUUAAGUCCCACUCCGAUCAUGUAUUGUAAAAACAUUCCUAGUCAUCUUUUAAUUGAGAUUAUGCUGAUUUCAUCAAAAUGAAAAAUUCUGUGUUGUUUUCCAGGACAUAGUUUCUGCAGAGCGGCAGCAGUUCAUUAAAAAAAUCACCUCAGAAUCAUGGCUGGGACCUUUCUCCUUUCAGUUGCUGAGAGCUCAAUUUUCAUUGGAGUGAGUCUUUCAAAAUGUUUCUUGGGUGUCCAUUUACUUUAGUCAAACUUUAUAUCUGGGAUAUCCAAACCUUUAUCAGAAAAGACAUAGAAUUGUUAGGUCCACUGACAGCUUAAUCCAUACAGUUAUUGUUGUAACAGGUCUCACCUCAGGAAAACUGCAAGAAGCAAGAAAAGUUGUGUAUUUUUGUUGAUUCCUGUUAAGUCCCUGAUCUGGGGAAAUGCAGAAAAACUAGAAAACAUAAAGAAAGUUUGAAACAGGGAGAGUUAAGAUGGAAGUGCAAUAUUUUAUCGGGGUGAUUAGUGGAAGUUGUCACAAAAUUCCAUUCAACUAAGCUUAUGAAACACAAAAAACUGGGCUAAACAAAGUGAGGGAAUGUCUGAAAUAAGUAACAAUUUUUUUAAAGCUUUUUAGCGUUGAAAUUAGUAACAGAUAAUACAACUAUCAAGUAACAGCCAGCUAACUGAGGACAUGUUUACAUUUUUUUUUUUUUACAAAGUAAUGUUUCUUAAUUUUUAUUAAAAGUAUGGACGUUUAAAAAAACUAUUCUUAUCUGGUGCACAUUAGAAACUUUUUUAUUUUAACAUUACUUCAGUUUUUUUUUUUUCUUUUACUUUUACGUCCCUUUAGGGGCUCCGUAUAAAAGGACCUGGGACUUUUUAUGUGAUUAUGCUCACAAAGUUUAGUUUUUUUCAACAAUUAAUUUGUCUUUGUUGAUUUUUUGGUUGUUUCAAUGUUAUUUUGAUGUAGCUUAGAAGAGGGUGCAGCAGGAACUACUGGAACCUCAUUAAAAGGCUUCCAAUUGUCAGAAAGCGGUAAUGAAGGACCCAAAAUGGAUGAAACUAGGCUUAAUGGCAGCAACUUAAAGACUCUGGCAAACAAACUUCAACUUUAAGUAAAUAAAAUCAAAGGACACAAUCUUCACACCCAAAGUUCACAAUGGUUUAGGAUGAGCUUUCUGAAUUAAUCAGACUGUGAGUAGUGCUGCAGUUUCUAAAUAAGCAGGAACUUUUAUCAGAACUUUGAUUAGAUCAAUGAACUCACUGAUAGAAAGGUCAAAUUCAGUCUCUCAUUUUGGGGGGGUUUUGAGACAGAAAGACGAUUUCUUUUCAAAUCCUCGUUUAGUUUUUGUUUCAUUUUCUCUGUACUCCUCUGUUGGCAUGUUGAGACAAGAUCCCUGCAUGCCAAUCUCACUGUGCUCAUGUCACGUAAGCAAGUCACAGAGAAAGCAAAAGAGCAACUGACAAAUGUUUCUUAAUAAAGUGACAUAAACUGAUCACUCUGGCCUAAACUCCAAAAGCUAAAUCUUAGAAAAGUAAAAAGAGAAAAUCUGUCUGUCUUGCGAGAAAAAAUAGUUUUUUAAACAGAAAAUAAUCUUAGCUUGACAAAACAAGGCUAUAAGUUUUUCUGCUUUGGCUAAUUUUUAUGCUUUUUAAAAAAAGAAAACUUACCAAUAGGGUAAAAUUUUUAGACUUUUUUCUUGGGGGAUCUUUCAACAGUCUGCUUUUAUUUAUUAAUUUUUUUCUGGGAAAUAACCUGACGACAAGACAGUUUUUACAGGAAGCCUCCCCUAUUACAUGUAAAUUGUGUCAGUAUUGCACAUUUAUCUGAAACGGACUCGUUUUAUGAUAUCUUGCUAAAGCUUUACAUCCCUUUUACUUUAGCCACUCCAAGUCAUCUGCUUUCCUGUUACUGAUAAACACCAUAAAACCCUUAGAACAAUAAACACCAUAAAAUCUCAACGUAGAGAAAGAUGUAAUAUUACAUCCUGCUCAUGACGGCAGAGAGUAUUUCAUAUAUGGAUUGCAAUAUCCGGAAGGCUGACGGCUGAAAGGAAUUGAUAGGUGACACGCGGAAGGACUAGUAAGAACAGUGACUACUGAUCAAAAACACUCAUGGAGGAAGAAACUUAAGCAAUAUCCAAAAGGAAUUAAGUUACACCUUCUUACUUUCGUUUACAAACCAGUUUCUGUACAUUUACAGAACAUUUUCUUUCAACCACAUUUCUACCUUUUACAUCCCAAAAAAAACUCAAAAUUAUUUGUUUGUCAUAAUCAUGCAAAAUAUCAAUGGAUACACAUAUUAGAGGGUAAAUUAAGUCUUAAUUAAAUGUUAAAGUUCACCCUGUUAAAAAAAAGUUGAUGCAGAAAUUUGGAGAAAAAUAUUACUAUUUUUUAAUUUUUUACAAAAAACAUGCUCUACUUUUAUUUUCUAAAGAAGAAAAACAAAACUGAUAGAGGUUUGAGCCAUUUGCACACAAGAAAAACCAGAUUUCAGCUCGUCUGUGGCUGCUCUCGCAUUGAUGGCUUCAUCAAAAACAACACACCAGUGACAGCUUAAACUGAAAAUAGGUGUUUGCACAUGCCUGCUCACGGUCGUCGGCACUUUGGGUAAAUUUCCCAUGUAUGGUCCCUCCCUCAGACCCGCCUCCCUUUUAACAGUGAUUCUCUGUGUUUUCAGAUCAUACAUGCUUUCUGCCUUCAAGGCGGCAAACACUCACACUUUUGAGCAGAUGAAUCGCAGGAGCACAACACACAACGACAGAAGAUCGAUGAGUUCUCGUUUAAAAUGGUGAAGGAAGACGGGAACAACAACAACUCUGUUGGCUCAGGAAUAACAAAUAAGUGCAGCCUUCACUGCCUCGGACCCCUGACUUUUUAUGGCCAGGCUGCUGGAGACCGGAUCCACCUGAGCUCGGACGGUCUGCAGGCUGAGAGGAGAGGCGACACGUUCAGAGGUGGCGUGGUGUUCACUAGUCGCCCGGUGAGGGUCCAGGAGAGGAUUCGUGUUCGAGUGCAGAAGGAUGACGUGUUUAGAUGGCAGGGCGCCAUGCGAGUCGGCUUCACCAACGUGCCACCUUCGAACAGAUCUUUACCUCUGCCUGAGAUGGCCAUCCCAAAUCUCACUAACAAGCGGGGCCACUGGGCUGCUCCUGUGCCUGAGUACCAGUGCUCUGCAGGUUCAGAGCUGGUGUUCUGGGUCUCUGCUGGUGGAAGCGUAUACUUAGAAAGCAGCAACACCAGACGGAAACUGCUCUCAGGAGUGGACCUCAGUCAGCCCCUCUGGGCCAUGAUCGACAUCUACGGACAGACACGAUCCAUUCGUCUGCUUGGCUCUGAGAUGAAAAGAUUGUUUUAUAGAAGAAAGUCCUGUCCUGUUUCUGCACCUGAGCUUCCCAUCUCACCUGAUCAAGGCUGCAACCUGAAUGCUGACGCUUCAACAUCUGGACAAUCUGAUGAGUGCAUCUCCUGCCUUGAUACGGACAUGUCAGCAGAUGAAACAUGUGUGGUGUGCAUGCAGAGAGCAGUCAAAAGUGCACUGCCCUGUGGUCACAAGUGUUUGUGUUACCAAUGCACCUCCAGAGUCUUGCUGCAGUUUGGAACCUGCCCGCUGUGUCGAGAGGACAUCAGGUCUCUGCUAACAGAGUGGAGGGGGGUUUCUGGCUGAGCCUUAAAAUUCUGUAAAUAAACCCUGAACUGUUUCAUAUUUGUAACCAGGAAAGCAAAAAAGUGGCUUAAAUUAACUGUACAUUGGUAUGUUGAAGCCACAUAAUUGGAAAUAUUAUAUGAAAACACUGGAAAUCAAAGAAACUAUACUGUGAUGCCGACAUCAGCACUAAUGAGCAUAAAUGUUUUUUGUAAAUAUGUGUAAAGAGUUUUAUUUUGAGGAAAAAUGUCAUUAUUUUGCACUUUCUUUGUAAUCUUUACAUAAAGAGGUUUGUGAACCAAAGUAUCUGUUGCUGCAGACAUGAGCGUUUUUUGUUAAUAAGAAUGUUUUUUGUACAUACAUUAUGUUUUCAUUUUUGAAAAACUAUUUAUAUAUUUCUACUUUGUAAAACUUGCCUGGAAGAAUGUCAAAGUGUAGCUACAAUAAAAACAUGAUUAAAAACACUUA